AUGAUGCGCUGCUGCGGGAGUGCCUGCGCAGCAAGGGCUCGCUCGGGAACGUGCUUUCGGGUCCUUCGCCACGAGCCGUCGUGGUGCUGGGAGCCACGGGGUUAUGAGCGUUUCUCCUCGGAGUACCCUGAAUUCUGUGCAAAAACCAAGUCCCUGAGCAAUGUGUCACCUCCCACCAGCGCCGAGCCCCUGGAUUUGGGCUGCAGUUCCUGUGGGACCCCCCUUCAUGACCAGGGUGGCCCUGUGGAAAUCCUUCCCUUCCUCUACCUUGGCAGCAACGUCUCCUCAGACUGCCCCAACCACUUUGAGGGGCACUACCAGUAUAAGUGUAUCCCCGUGGAGGAUAACCACAAAGCUGACAUCAGCUCGUGGUUCAUGGAGGCAAUAGAGUACAUCGACUCAGUGAAGGAGUGUUGCGGCCGGGUCCUAGUCCACUGCCAGGCUGGUAUCUCCCGCUCUGCCACCAUUUGCUUGGCUUACCUGAUGAUGAAGAAGCGUGUCAAGCUGGAGGAGGCCUUUGAGUUUGUCAAGCAGCGCCGAAGCAUCAUCUCCCCUAACUUCAGCUUCAUGGGGCAGCUGCUGCAGUUUGAGUCACAGGUGUUGGCCACCUCAUGUGCAGUGGAAGCUGUCAGCCCCUCGGGGACACUGCGGGAGCGGGGCAAGGCCACCUCCACCCCCACCUCCCAGUUUGUCUUCAGCUUCCCAGUCUCUGUCGGUGUCCAUGCCACCCCCAGCAGCCUCCCAUACCUGCACAGCCCCAUCACCACGUCACCCAGCUGUUAG